AUGGCAGUCAUAGCAGCACCACACGAAUUGGAUGAACCUCUGUAUCCAGCUUAUAUGCCAACCUUGACUGAUGAGAUCUUUCCAGAACACGAGCCAUUCGAGCAUGAUGACCCAGCACUCAGAGCAGACCCAACUUUUCCCCAUCUUAUAGGCUCGAAAACUGUAAUCAAAUCCGUCACACCACUCUUCGGAUCGGAACUCGACAAUGUGCAGUUAACAGAACUUGAUUCAGCAGGUCUAGAUGAGCUAGGGUUGCUCGUCGCUCAGCGGGGCUUCGCAGUCUUCCGCAAUCAGAAUUGGAAGGAUGCAGGGUUUAAGAAACAGCUGGAUAUCGCCAGACAUUUCGGCCCACUUCACAAACAUCCAGUCCAACCUAGACCUGCAACGGAGACUGAGAUAGCUGUGAUCUAUCAAUCGGCAGCAGAAGUCAGGAGGAUCAAUUACUGGGGUAACAGAGUAUCGGGCGUGAAUUGGCAUGCGGACCAGACACAUGAAAGGCAACCACCUGCCGUGACGUUCUUUGGAGUACUGGAGAAUCAGGGCUGGUGUGGAGGAGACACGAUCUUAUCGGACUCGGUUCAGGCCUUCAAUCACUUAUCACCAGUGAUGCAGAAUAUGCUUAUUGGAUUGAAAGCGAUUCAUUCGAGUAACGCUUUGACUCUAAAGGCCAAGAAAGAUGGAGACGCCCUUCGUAGAGAAGCAGUGAAUACCGCCCAUCCUCUUAUCACUCAACAUCCAGUCACGGGAGAUAAAGUGCUAUUCAUUAAUGAGGUAUUCACUACUUCGAUAGAAGGGAUGAAGGUUGAGGAAUCAGAUAAUUUGUUGAAAUUCCUGUUCAAUUAUAUUGCUCGAGGUGCAGAUUUCCAAGCUAGAGUUAAGUGGGAGGAGGGCACUGUCAUCGUCUGGGACCAGAGGAGAGCGCAACAUUCGGCUACGUUAGAUACUCCACACGACAAACGUCGACACAUGAUCAGGAUAACUCCAUUGGGUGGUAAACCUAUCCCUGCGACGAGGGACUAG